AUGCAAGCAACUGCUUGCGACACUAAUGCUGUGGCCGUGUCAAAACAGCUCCACCCACUGCUCCUCGUUAGCGUCACUCCGAGUUCGACUGGUUCUACAGCAGCAAGGGCCAUGACGCUCACUCCGCUGCACCCGCUGGACCCGAAGAGUGUUCGACAUGUGGCUGCUGCAGCAGCCAAAUCGCCGUUCCUUCGAGGUCCUGGCACGACAUACCAUACCAUGUCGGAUUGUGCGAUCCCGGAUAGUCCCGUCAGAAGCGGCUCUUUGCCGCGACGGCAUCAUCAUCAUCAUCAUCACGGUCUCCAGGUGGACGUGGAUCCGAUGAUCGAGGAGGCAUGGGAGGCCGCCGUUCAUUCCUUCUCGGAUUUCCAAGGAGCGUUUGAAGGACCGUCAAAGGCGAUCAAGCAGGGAGGAGCGUCCCUGGCGAGGAAGGCUCACGAGGUCGGUGAGGCAGUCUGGAAGACACUUGAACCGACCAACCUUCCUUGGUCUAGGGAGCAGUCUCCAAGGGUGUCCCCACGCGGUCACCAUUAA